AUGUGGAGGGUAAGUCUCCAGCAGUGCAGAGUGUCCUUCCUGGAGCCCUGCGAGGGGGACUGGGGACACAGUGACACAUGGAAGAACCACUCCAUUGAGCAGGGGGCACUCACUAAAGUGGUCCCAGAAAAUGGUCCAAACCAAGAAGCAACAAAGACUACAGACAGGAACCAGAGGACAGGAACCAGAGGACAGGAACCAGAGGACAGAGACCAGAGGAGAGGAACCAGAGGAGAGGAACCAGAGGACAGGAACCCGAGGACAGGGACCAGAGGACAGAGACCAGAGGAGAGGAACCAGAGGACAGGAACCAGAGGACAGGGACCAGAGGACAGGGACCAGAGGACAGGGACCAGAGGAGAGGAACCAGAGGAGAGGAACCAGAGGACAGGAACCCGAGGACAGGGACCAGAGGACAGAGACCAGAGGAGAGGAACCAGAGGACAGGAACCAGAGGACAGGAACCAGAAGACAGGGACCAGAGGACAGGAACCAGAGGACCGGGACCAGAGGACAGGAACCAGAGGACAGGGACCAGAGGACAGGAACCAGAGGACAACAUGA